ACUACAUGCCGGGGUUCUCUCUGCAGCUUGCCUCCGCUUGCUCGCGCGUCCAGGCGUUGGCGCAAACCCCGCCGCCGUCGCUCGCGCGGGUUCCCGCCUCAGCCUCCCCGCCUUCUUCUGCGCGCUCCGCUCCCGCCAUGGAGCCAACUUGGGACGCCUAAGAGUUGCCGCCUGUCAGCUGCGCGCUCUCCAGCCAAAGUCGCCGCGGGCGGGAUAUGGCUUAGGGCACAAGAGGGGUCAGCCUAUAGGUAACGGCAAGGGGUGAGAAGUCGGCUAACUGAGGAAAAAUAGGCCAAACGAUGAGUUUCCACAAGGAGGACGGAGUGAGCAGCCUGUGCCAGAAGGCGCUGCACAUCGUCACCGAGCUGUGCUUCGCGGGCCAGGUGGAGUGGGAGAAGUGCUCCGGCAUCUUCCCCCCGGACAGAGGCAGCCAGGGAGGAGGCAGCACAGAUAUUUCAGUAAGCUUGUUAGCAGUCGUUGUCAGCUUUUGUGGCCUGGCUUUGUUGGUUGUCUCACUUUUUGUCUUCUGGAAAUUGUGCUGGCCUUGCUGGAAGAGCAAACCCGUGACUUCCAACGUCAGUACUCUUCCGCAGAGCACUUCAAAUGCUCCUACCGAAGUUUUUGAGUCCGAAGAGAAAAAAGAGGUUAAAGAAAAUGGAAAGCCAAUACUAAAAGCUAUUGAGCCUGCAAUAAAAAUCAGCCACACUUCCCCUGAUAUCCCAGCAGAAGUUCAAACUGCUUUAAAAGAACAUUUAAUUAAACAUGCACGUGUGCAAAGACAAACUACUGAGCCGACGUCAUCAUCCCGCCACAAUUCCUUCAGGAGACACCUACCAAGGCAAAUGCAGGUUUCCAGUGUUGAUUUUAGCAUGGGUACAGAACCCGUUUUGCAAAGAGGAGAAACAACAACCAGCAUUGGGAGGAUAAAACCAGAGCUCUACAAGCAGAAAUCAGUUGAUUCUGAGGGCAACAGGAAAGAAGAUGUCAAAACCUGUGGGAAAUUUAACUUUACCCUCCAAUAUGAUUAUGAAAACGAACUUCUAGUUGUCAAAAUUAUCAAAGCCUUAGAUCUCCCUGCUAAAGACUUCACAGGAACUUCGGACCCUUAUGUGAAGAUGUAUCUUCUUCCAGAUAGGAAAAAGAAAUUUCAGACCCGCGUACACAGAAAAACUUUAAAUCCUCUAUUUGAUGAAACUUUUCAGUUUCCUGUAGCGUAUGAUCAACUAAGCAACAAAAAACUACAUUUCAGUGUAUAUGAUUUUGACAGAUUUUCUAGACAUGACAUGAUUGGGGAAGUGAUUCUUGAUAAUUUGUUUGAAGUCUCUGAUCUCUCCAGAGAAGCCAUCAUAUGGAAAGAUAUUCAUUGUGCUACAACAGAGAGUAUAGAUCUGGGUGAAAUCAUGUUUUCCCUUUGUUAUUUGCCAACUGCUGGACGUAUGACAUUGACAGUCAUCAAGUGCAGAAAUCUGAAAGCUAUGGAUAUUACUGGCGCAUCAGAUCCUUAUGUCAAAGUAUCUCUGAUGUGUGAUGGUCGAAGAUUAAAAAAGAGGAAAACAACUACAAAGAAAAACACUCUAAACCCUGUGUACAAUGAGGCCAUUAUUUUCGACAUCCCUCCAGAGAAUGUGGAGCAGGUCAGCCUCUCCAUUGCGGUCAUGGAUUACGAUAGGGUAGGACACAAUGAGGUCAUAGGAGUGUGUAGAACAGGACUGGAUGCUGAGGGUCUUGGGCGAGACCACUGGAAUGAAAUGCUGGCCUAUCACCGAAAACCAAUAACACAUUGGCAUCCCUUACUGGAGUUACCUGGCCGGGCAACCAGUUUUGAUAGUCAAGGAUCCUGCUCAUCUCCCAAACCACCUUCCACACCGUAAUGCCUCCAAAAUAAGUCCAUUAUAGUAAGGACCAGGACCAUACGCUCAUCACAUAAGAAAAAAGUAGAAGGUUUGAUUUCCUCACUUAAAAUAUAUCCCGAUAAUGAACAAACUUGUUGUGAAGUUUUCAUUUACUUUUUUGUCUGUUUAUUAACUUUGGACAUCUUGAUAUAUUUUACUUGAAUACAAAUAGUCCUUACUUCCAUAAGGCAUUUUAUUCUUGCUGUCAUAUGCCUAUUAGCACAAAGAGUGUUUUAUUAAGUUGUAAUUCUUUGCAUAAACAAAGAAAUACAUGUUUAAAAAAGAAUCUAUACUUAUCUAAAAUUAAAUAUAGUUUAUGCUGCUAUUGUACCAAGUAGCACAUGUCACAGGUGUAUGGUUUUGAUUUUGUUACAACUAUGUUCAUUUCUAGUUAUGCACAUUUCUAUGUAAACUCUAAUUGAAAAUUUGAACUUAAUUUACACAGCAUUAAAUCCUUGUGUAAUCGAAUUAAUGUAACUUAUCUAAUAUAUUCUUUCAUUCUCAGCAAAUUAUUUUCUUAGUGAGGUCUGGCUUUACUAAAUUCAACUUUGUCUUUCAAGUGUGUUUAAAACAUACAGAUAAAGCUAUAAUUUAAAGAACCAUUUUGAAUAUGGAUUUAAGAAGUAAUAUUUAGUAGCUGAAAAAUGGAGGUUGAGCCAUUUGGGCUACCAUUUAAUAUUGUCUUAAUGUUACAUUAGUUCACACGUCUGUUGCACUAUUUAACUGAUACUUUUAAAAUUCUAAUAAUCUUAAUCUCAAAUGUAGCAUUAGUAUUCCUAAAUGAAUAGAAUUAGAAGUCGUUCAUUUUUUUAAGUGUUUGUAAACUUCCCAAGUACUGUGACAUGUAUAUUUUGUGUCAUGAAGCUAUCGUGCAGAUUCUGUAUUUCUGAUAGACCGACUAACAGACACCAAAGGUACCAUAAAUGUCUGUGUGCUCAUCAUUGUUUAGGUUGUAUACAGAAAUAGCGACUUUUAAACCAAAUCAGACGCUAAUCAUUAAAAUUGGCUGUUUUCUUAAAGAAAGGAUGAAUUUUCAGCAAAUUAAAUACCAUUUAUCAUGAAUAAUAUAAUUCUAAAGUUUAAUGAAAAUAAAAAAAUAAUUCUAACAGUCCAGACCCACAGUCCUUUCAUGAAAGGCAUUUGCCUUCAUAAGGAUCAAGAAUCAAGCCCCAGUGGUAAAAACUAUGCAAAUGUUUUUACAUGACAGAACUUUCUUUUAAAUUAGGUCAACUUUUUAUUGUCUCUCCUAUUGGAACCUAUUUGUACUG